GCAAUCAUGUGACUAACCACAACGCUCUGGGUUAGCUCAAAUGCGACGCAGCAGGUGAGACAGGAGCAACAUAAAAAUUGUAGCAUUCAUUUCAGAGCCUUACACCAUUAACGUAUAAAUCAUUAAAAUAACUAAUAUUAGAUUAAUACAAAUAGCAAUACACUUUUCGUAUAAUUUUAAGAAUAGCUUAAUUCGACCCUCUCUUUGCUAAAAUGGAAUGUUCUCUCUAACGAUACUCCAAUCACAUGUUUUGUUUUGUCGAGUGCCCACCAAGCAGCAGGAAGGUGAACUUUGAGCUCUGCACAGACCUAACAAGAAUUUUACAAGGUUUUUGAUUUUAUUCACACUGUAGUUGUCUUUGAGUAAAUACAACAUGGAAAAAGAAAACCUAUCCGUGGUGUUGCAUUCCCAGGGCGACCUCAGACUGGAACAACGACCCAUCCCUGAACCAGGUCCAAAUGAGGUGUUGCUUCAGAUGCAUUCAGUUGGGAUCUGUGGGUCGGAUGUGCACUUCUGGCAAAAUGGACGCAUAGGUGACUAUGUGGUAAAAAAGCCCAUGGUGCUGGGGCAUGAGGCCUCUGGUCGGGUGGUGAAGGUGGGCUCAGCAGUGAAGAACCUCAAAGAAGGUGAUAGAGUCGCUGUAGAGCCAGGUGUCCCUCGCGAGAUAGAUGAGUUCUUCAAAUCAGGAAAAUACAAUCUUUCCCCCACUAUCUUCUUCUGUGCCACACCCCCUGAUGAUGGGAAUUUGUGCAGAUUUUACAAACACAGCGCCAACUUCUGUUACAAGCUGCCUGACAAUGUGACAUAUGAGGAGGGGGCUCUGAUUGAGCCCCUGUCUGUGGCUAUUCAUGCCUGCCGCAGAGCUGGAGUGACCCUGGGCAGUAGUGUACUGAUCUGUGGGGCAGGACCAAUUGGGCUGGUCUGUCUGCUGGUGGCCAAGGCUAUGGGUGCCUCACAGGUGGUCAUAACUGACCUGUCAGCAGAUCGCCUGGUCAUGGCCAAGGAGCUGGGAGCAGACUUUCCUCUGACUGUGAAGAGAGAGGAUGGGCCUGAGGAGAUGGCUAAGAGAGUUGAAGGACUGCUGGGAGCACAGCCUCAUAUCACCAUUGAGUGCACCGGUGUGGAGAGCAGUGUCCAGGCUGCCAUUUAUGCUACACGUCCUGGAGGAGUGGUGGUUCUAGUGGGGUUGGGUGCAGCGAUGACCACUGUCCCACUGCUUAAUGCUGCUCUCAGAGAGGUGGACAUCAGAGGGGUCUUCCGCUACUGCAACACCUGGCCAAUAGCUAUAGCGAUGCUGGCCUCUAAGAAGGUGAACGUGGCGCCCCUGGUGACCCACCGGUUCCCCCUAGAGCAGGCUGUGCAGGCCUUCGAGACCACACGCCAGGGACAAGGGGUCAAGAUCAUGCUCAAGUGUGACAAGACUGACCAGAACCCCUGAGAGGACUGGGAACACCAGGACCAAUAAGAGAGUCAGUAUAGACAACCACAGUGUUCUAGAUCUAACAGUUGAUUAUUCUGUUAUUGUAUACUUUCAAUGUUUGAUUCUAUUCAGGCAUACAUCUUAAUCAAGUUACCUGUUGCCCAAACAGCAAUUUUCACUCUUGAAAUGUGAUAUUUGGAGACGUUACUGUAUGAAACUAAGCAUAUGAUUUGACAAAACGUUAUGCUCACAACAGCUUUCUGUUUCAUCAUGUGAUUUCAAGUUGCGUUUGAGUGGGAUUGCUUGAUUACCAUAUUUGUAUAAGAUAACACAAAACUGUUAAAUAGUCUUUGAAUCUUAUAAACCAGAAAGUAUUGAAAUAUUGUAGUUGUGUUUUGUCUCGUCCUCUAGUCAGUACCUAGCUGCUGCCACCAGGAGGAGGUAGAGACUAAUUCACCCACUGCAUUUCAAGUCCAGUGUGUUGCACAUAUUGUAAUAGAGACAAUCAAUCUCCUUGUCAUACAAUAAAUAUUUAAAAAUGUAAAUGGUUUAUGUAAAACUGUUGACUGAUAAAACCUAAUGACAAUUCACAGUAAAACAAAUAUAUUCAAAUGA